CCGAGCCGGAGCCUGUUUGGUGCCAGCCGGGAGCUGGCGGAGGGAAGGGGGCCGGGCUGCAGCGCUGCUGGGGCUGGGGAUGCUGGUGGCACCCGGGGGACCCCCGCCGACCGUAGCGAGGAGCUGAGCGAGGGCACCGCGGCACCGAGGGAGCAGCCUGGAGCCCGAGGAGUGCAGCAUGGAGCCGCCGGCCGUGCCGGAGGAGGAGGUGCCCGUCCCCGUGGCACCUGGCCCGGUGGGUUGCCAGCUCUUUGGAUAUGUGGGAAUUGAAGCCGUGCUCGACCAGAUGAAAAUCAAAACCAUGAAGACGGGCUUCGAGUUCAAUAUCAUGGUUGUGGGGCAGAGCGGGCUGGGGAAGUCCACGAUGGUGAACACCCUCUUCAAGUCCAAGGUGAGCCGCAAAUCCUCGCAGCCUGGCCAGGAGGAACGUAUUCCCAAGACAGUGCAGCUUCAGUCUAUCACCCACGUCAUCGAGGAGAAGGGGGUGAAGAUGAAGCUGACAGUGACGGACACGCCGGGGUUUGGGGACCAGAUCAACAAUGAAAACUGCUGGGACCCCAUCAUCAAAUACAUCAAUGAGCAGUAUGAGAGGUACCUGCGGGAGGAGAUCCUCAUCACCCGUAAGAGGAAGAUCCCAGACACUCGGGUCCAUGGAUGUGUCUACUUUGUCCCCCCCACGGGUCACUGGCUGCGCCCACUGGAUCUGGAGUUCAUGCGGCGGCUCAGCAAGAUUGUCAACGUGGUGCCAGUGAUCGCCAAAGCCGACACACUCACCCUGGAGGAGCGGGCAGAGUUCAAGCAGCGGAUCCAGGAGGACCUGAAGACCCACGCCAUCAGCGUGUACCCGCAGGAGGACUUUGACCAGGACCCUGAAGACAGGGCACUGAAUGACAGGAUUCGGGAGAAGAUCCCCUUUGCCGUGGUGGGGGCGGACCAGGAGCACCAGGUGAAUGGCAAGCGGGUGCUGGGCCGCAAGACCAAGUGGGGCAUCAUCGAAGUGGAGAACCCAGCACACUGCGAGUUCCCCCUCCUGCGGGACCUGCUGAUCCGGUCACACCUGCAGGACCUGAAGGACAUCACCCACAAUGUCCACUAUGAGAGCUACCGCGUGCGGCGGCUGAACGAGAGCAACCGGCCGGUGCUGAGCCCCCUCAACGGGCUGCCUGGCAAAGGUGAGGGUGGCAGCCACCUCUGAGCCACCUCAUGCCCCCCAGAGCCACCACUGGACCCCAUGGCAGUGCCUGCUCCUGCCCACCAUGGCUGUGCCCAGACCCUGCCUGGGGUGAGGAGCCCAUGUUAAUUUGGGGUGAGGCAUCCCCUGACAGUGCCCAGCUGCCCCUCAUCCCCAGGCUCUGCCAUGGGCACAGACCCCAGGGAUCCUGUGUGACAUCAAAGGUCAGGCUGCAGCCUUCAGCCUUUGCCAUCACCCUC